AUGGACAUUUUUGGAAAUGCAUGUAGAUGCGUGUACGUGGGCAUGUUACAAGAUGUCAUUAAGAGCCUUACUACUUUCUACGCCUUCAAGAACGCCAGAACGCACCCGGGAACGUCUUCAAGAAAGUCAGAACGCAAGCAAGAACGUCUUCAAGAACGCCAGAACGCACCUGGGAACGUCUUCAAGAACGCCAGAACGCAAGCAAGAACGCCAGAACGCAAGCAAGAACGUCUUCAAGAAUGCAAGAACAUAUUUAAGAACGCAAGAACGCAAUCAAGAACGUCUUUAAGAACGCAAGCAAGAACGCAAGAACGCAAGCAAGAACGUCUUCAAGAACGCCAGAACGCAAGCAAGAACGUCUUCAAGAACGCAAGCAAGAACGUCUUCAAGAACGCCAGAACGCAAGCAAGAACGUCUUCAAGAACGCAAGCAAGAACGCCAGAACGCAAUCAAGAACAUCUUCAAGAACGCAAGCAAGAACGUCUUCAAGAACGCAAGCAAGAACGCCAGAGCGCAAGCAAGAACGCCAGAGCGCAAGCAAGAACGUCUUCAAGAACGCAAGCAAGAACGCCAGAACGCAAGCAAGAACGCCAGAACGCAAGCAAGAACGUCUUCAAGAACGCAAGCAAGAACGCCAGAACGCAAGCAAGAACGUCUUCAAGAACGCAAGCAAGAACGCCAGAACGCAAGCAAGAACGUCUUCAAGAACGCAAGCAAGAACGCCAGAACGCAAGCAAGAACGUCUUAAAGAACGCAAGCAAGAACGCCAGAACGCAAGCAAGAACAUCUUCAAGAACGCAAGAACGCAAGCAAGAACGUCUUCAAGAACGCAAGCAAAAACGCCAGAACGCAAGCAAGAACGUCUUCAAGAACGCAAGCAAGAACGCCAGAACGCAAGCAAGAACAUCUUCAAGAACGCCAGAACGCAAUCAAGAACGUCUUCAAGAACGCAAGCAAGAACGUCUUCAAGAACGCAAGCAAGAACGCCAGAACGCAAGCAAGAACGUCUUCAAGAACGCAAGCAAGAACGCCAGAACGCAAGCAAGAACGUCUUCAAGAAAGCAAGCAAGAACGCCAGAACGCAAGCAAGAACGUCUUCAAGAACGCAAGCAAGAACGCCAGAACGCAAGCAAGAACGUCUUCAAGAACGCAAGCAAGAACGCCAGAACGCAAGCAAGAACGUCUUCAAGAACGCAAGCAAGAACGCCAGAACGCAAGCAAGAACAUCUUCAAGAACGCAAGAACGCAAGCAAGAACGUCUUCAAGAACACAAGCAAAAACGCCAGAACGCAAGCAAGAACGUCUUCAAGAACGCAAGCAAGAACGCCAGAACGCAAGCAAGAACAUCUUCAAGAACGCAAAACGCCGGAACGCAAGCAAGAACGCCAGAACGUCUUCACGAACGGCAAAACGCCUUCCUGGACGCCAGAACACACGCGGGAACGCCUUGAAGAACACCAGAGCUCCUUCACAAACGGAAGAACGCCAGAACGCCUUCACGAGCACACGCGGGAACGCCUUCAAGAACGCGAGAACACCUUCGUGAACACACGCGGGAACACUUUCAAAUACGCCAGAACGCCUUCAAGAACGCCAGAACGCACGUUACGAACCCCAGGACGCCUUAAGGAACGCCAGAACGCCUUCAGGAAAGCUAUUACGCCUUCUGGCACUCCAGAACGAGCACGUUGA